GACAUGAAUCUACUAUGAACCAAAGAAGACAUGAAAGGACAGAAAAUACCAUCUCUUCUCAUCUCUUUAUUUCACAUAAGUGCGACACUUUGGGGUUUUACAGAACAAGAAAUAGUAACAGGGCUGUUUUCCAAGGAUUGCAUCCUCCCUUGUCUUUUCCCACCUGGGGAUGAUGAAGUAAUUUACUGGAAGAAAGGGGAGAGAAAUGUGCACAGCUACUACUACCAGAAGGAUCAGCUGGAAAGACAAGACCCAGAUUACAGACACAGAACACAGCUGUUCCGUGAGAACAUUCCUAGUGGAAAUGCCUCCUUGAAACUUAGUAACCUGACUUUGACUGAUGAGGGCCCUUAUAAUUGCUACGUGGGAACUCGGCAAACAAAGGUAGAAGUGGAAGUCAUGCUGCAUGUAAGAGUUUCCUCUCAUUAUGCACUGGAAUACCAAAAGACAGACACAGGAAGGGUGCUGAAGUGCUAUGCCUUUCUCACUUAUCCAGCACCACGUAUAUCUUGGGUACAAGGCAAUACAGCCAUACAAGAAACACAUCAGGAGGAAACCAGGGUUGGAGUUCUCUAUUCUCUUAGAAGUGACCAGAAAAUUACAAACACAGCUGAUCCUUACUACUGUCGUAUUCAUCUCCCUCAUGAAGAGUGGGCUGCUGAAUGGAAGAUGCAAGACCAGCUGUCUAAUGUGGAAGGAAAUAGCACUGCAAUUUCUUGUGAAUACAGCAGUAACACUACAAACAUGGAAGGUCUCAGUGUUGUCUGGACAUUAAACAGAAACGCAGUGAUUUCAGUCCUGGCCUCCUUCAAUGGUACAUGUCACUCUUACCAGCCUCGAGUCCACAUUAACCAAAAUGACUUUUCGCUGAUGUUGCAUGAUCUUACUGCAAGUGACAGUGGAGAAUAUCUGUGUAAUAUUUCAACUCCCCACUACACAAAACUUACUGUGAGAACUUUGAAAAUUGAAAAUUCAGGUAACGCUGGGCCAGUUGUGCUAGGAGUGAUUGCUGCAGCGGUGCUGUUAGGAUUGUGUUUCUGUUUGUACAAGAAAUGCAGAAGAAGCAGAGGAAUCGUAUGAGCAUCUUGACAUAUCGGAAGAAAAUCCCUCUUUGCACGCACAGGUGCUACUGAGAUUACUGCUGAAGAGAACAAAGAGUUCCUUCACCUUCUCUAUCGAGUUACACUAAGAGCCACAUGGAAAUGGGAUUAUCUGAGCAACAGUAACAAACAGCUGAACUGAUAGAAGAAAAAUGUAAGUCAGCUGACACUUGUAUGUGAGGUAUUGGUGUGAAAAAUUGGAAUUUGGAUAUUCUAAAGGGACAACAAAAAUGUUUCCACAGAAGAAGAUUGUUUGAGGGAUUUUUUUUUUUUUUCCUCAGUAUGAGGGAAAGAGAGGGCUUACUAUUUUUCACUUUGUUUAGUAUUUUAAUUUCAAGCGAAGAUGACUUCCCAAUUUGAAAGUGGAAGAGAUCUAAGAGAACACCCUAUUUCUGAGAAGUCCUGAUGGGACAUGUCUGUCCACAGCAUCUCCUGUAUGAAAGUCCUCUGACUGGUAGUAGCGGAAGAUUCUAAACUGAUAGUUCAUACAAAAAAAGUUUACUUUCUGCUCUCCUACAAAUUUCAUACAGCAGGACAGAUGGAAGCUGGGUUAUCCCAGCUUUAAGGGCUGCCCCCCUGCACAGGUUUCAUCUGUGCUGCUCUAACAAUCCGCACAUGAAAUACAUGAAGCUGUGGAGUGUGGAUUUGCCCUUGGUUUUGAUUUUGUCAGAGAUCUGCCAGUUAGGAUUUGUUCCAACGUAAUGAAGUGGGCUGUUGGCAAGAUAGAAUCUUUUAUUG